ACUGACUCUUGAUAAGACCCUGACUUGACUGGUAGAGCAGAAGUACCAGGGUGUGCCAGAGACCAGGCUGCUGGCUGAGUGCUCCACAUGCCAGGGACAUGAGUCAGCAAGUUCCCCACAAGGAAAUACAAAGGGCCAGGCAGGCCAGGGUCCACCCAGCUCAGGACAGUUAAGAAGGCUUUACUGAACUAGCUCAUCUGCCAGGAACCUGGCUACACCUGGGACAGUCCCCUAGGAAGGUCUAAAAUGCAGUACCCUGGCAUCUGAGUGGCUGAUGUGCAGGGCCUGGGCAUUUCUAAAAGCUCCCAGGGAUUGUCACAAGCAGGGUUGAGGACCUGAGGGCUGGAAGAUAAGCUCUCAGAGGCCAGACCCACUCCUCUUAUCUCGGUGGCUGGCACAGCUCCUGGCCACAGUAGGCACGCCCAUCCUAGUUUUUAAAGCAGGCAGUGGUGGCCCAGCUUUCAGGCUUUCUUCCUUCUUCCUAGCUUCCCGAUCCCACCAGUGGAUAGCAACAAGCCACUCAGCAGCCGAGGCCCCGCCUGAAUGGCAACAGGCACCAGAAAGAAGUGAGGCCUCUGCAGUGGCUGAUCCCCCAGACUCCGUCCAGGAGCUGCAAUUAAUCAUUCACCACGCUCCUGGAAGUGAGGCCUGGGUGGCAGUCCCAGCCCAGGGCCCUAGGCAGGUGCUCUCUGUUGACAGGUCAUCUAGACCGAGCCGAGACCCCACUCUACACAGGUUUAUAUGGACCAAACGGCAAUCCAGAAGAACAUCUGGCAUGAUGAGUUUUGGGAGAACCCCUGGGAGCUGGGGGGCCUGAUAGUGAUUGGCUUAUUUAUCUCCACAGUCCUGUUUUUCUUCAUGUUUGCUGUUGUGUUUGGUUUAAUCCCUCCACUGGAGAAGACAGAAUAUGAGGAGGACUGAUAUGACUUCCUGGGGACCAAGAAGGCAGCAGGAGAGGUGAGAGAAGCAAUGGAUAAGAAGGUUCCCCAAUAGAUUCCCGGACCAGGCAGCAACACUGCAAGUCCUUGAAGAGGACACACAAAAAACAAAUGAAGUAAAAAAUUCCUUUUCAAAUCUG